CAAGCAUAACACAAAACUACUACAGAAUACCGGUACAGCGAGUUUUUGACAGUGCAUAUCAAACCGCGGUGUGGAAGUUCGUAUCACAGAAAAAUGUAUUGUAUAAAAUAUUUAUAAGUGUUUCCGUGUUAUUUUAUCAUUUAAAAACAAUGCUUGUGUAUUUAUUGUGAUUGUUAUAAAAAGGAUUGUUACUAAAAGCUUCUAAGAUGGCAGAAAUAAUAUUCCAAAAACGGACAGCGGCCAUCGUGUUCAUCGAGCCAAGCCCACUGAUCAUCCUUCUCCUGAUGUCACUGCUGGGAUUCUGUUCUAACCAAGUGAUAAACAGAGCACCACAUUUUGUGCCACAAACCGGUGACAUGUCGCAGUUCAGUUUAUCCGAAGACACACCUGUCGGGACUCCGGUGUACCAUUUAAAAGGUAUUGAUCCCGAGAACAGCCCACUGCGAUAUUCAAUAUCGGGCCAAUACUUUUCCGUGGACCAAUUGACGGGUGUCGUGACUCUUGCCAAGACUUUGGACAGGGAAGAGCAGCCAUCACUAGAAGUGAUCAUCAGUAUUACUGAUGAAGGUAUAGCUGGUACCGAGCCAAAUACCAUAUCACUACGUCGAGUGAUUCCAGUCAAAGAUGUGAACGAUAACCCUCCGGUAUUUCACAACAGGCCAUACAUAGUCAAUAUUAGUGAAGCAACACCUAUUGAUAGUGAAAUCGAGGUUACACCCAAAAUAAUUGUAUCUGACCGAGAUGAUGGCAACAAUGCUAAAAUACGUGUAAUAUGUUCUACCAAGGAAAAAGGGAGCGACGCAGAAGCUUGUAACACGUUUAAGAUAAUUACUCAUAUGACAUCCUCUAAUACGUAUGAAGUGCGGUUAUAUCUAAACAAGCCACUGGAUUUUGAGAGCAGAUCUGCUUAUGUAAUAAGCUUAGAAGCUAGUGAUGCUUCAGAUAAACCAAUGAGAGCUAUAGCAAGCGUAUCAGUGGCUAUACAGGAUGUACAAGAUCAACCACCAGCUUUCGUCAAUGCUCCAUAUUCAGCAACUGUUCCAGAAAAUACACCACAGGAUACUAGUAUUAUGGAAAUAAUUGCUAAAGAUGGCGAUACUGCAAACCCACGACCAGUCUUACUAACAAUUGAAGGAGAUUCAGCUCAAUAUUUUAAGCUUCUACCAGAAAGACCUUUUGGACGAGCAGUUUUGGUAGCUUCUGAAAACCCCAUAGAUAGAGAAAGUGAAAUUGUAAUGCAAAAUGGGGGAGUGUAUAGUUUUUUUGUGAGAGCUACAGAAAUGAUAAACAGCGAAGUUCCAUCGGACUAUACAGUAACACCAGUAACAAUAAUUGUUACAGAUGUAGAUGACCAUGUACCAGUAUUUAAUAAAAAUAUAUUUGAAGUGUCAAUACCUGAAAAUAUCGAAAAUGGAAGUCCAGUUCCUGGACUAUCUAUUUAUGUAGAAGAUUAUGAUAUCGGUCAAAAUAGCAAGUAUGAUUUAAAACUUCGUGAUGUUUAUAAUUCUGCAGGUGUCUUCAUGAUAAGUACUGACCACGGUGAAGGACGAACACCAGUUAGCAUUAAAGUCCGCGAUUCCUCAAAAUUGGAUUAUGACGUGGAUGAUGAUGAAAAAAGGCAUUUUAGUUUCGAUAUUGUUUCUUCAACGUAUGAUGUAGAGUUAUCAUCAGCAAGAGUUAAUAUUAAAUUAUUAGAUAUGAACGAUAAUUCACCUAUAUUCGAUAAAUCAAGUUAUAAAUUCUAUGUCUUAGAAAAUUCCACUAUUGGUACAAAAGUGGGUGAUGUUCAAGCCACAGAUAAGGACUAUGGUAUAUUUGGUGAAAUAGAAUAUAUUUUAACUGGUUUUGGUGCCAAUAUGUUUCAAACUGAUAAGAACAAAGGCGGUAUUUUUGUGAACCAAUUAUUAGAUUAUGAAAAACAAAAAAGCUAUAGCUUGACACUAUUUGCUAAGGACGGCGGGGGCAAAGGUACCACAGCUAGUAUUUUUAUAGAUGUUUUAGAUGUCAAUGACAAUGCACCCAUGUUUGAACUAUUUGAAUACAGUAGAACCAUAAGAGAUGGUGCAACAAGUUUUGAACCGCAACUUGUAGUAAGAGCUACCGAUGCAGAUGGUCCUACUCAAGGAGGAGGUCGCGUACGAUAUUCAAUAGAAACUGACAAUAGUAUCACUCGUAAAGGAAACGUGUUUAAUAUUGGAGAAGAUAGUGGUGAAAUAAGUAUUGUUGAUAAAGUUGAAUCUAUGGACACACCAAGAGGUCAAUAUGAAUUGGUUAUACGAGCAACUGAUUAUGGAUCUCCUACUUUACAUAAUGAAACAAAGGUCUAUAUUAGGGUUGGAGUGCCAGGAAACCAGCGUCCUACAUUCAAAGGCAAUUAUCACCAUUAUAAGUACACUGCUUCUCAAAAAAAUACAGACAGCAAUGAAGAUUUUACUUUUGAUCUCAAUCCAAUGAACUACAAGGCUAAUUUGAGGGAAGAUGCGAAACCUGGAGAAAACGUCACUAUGGUUCUAGCGAAUGAUCCUGAUGGCCUAGAUGAUCUACUUACAUAUCAUAUAAUAUCUGGAGCUAAAGACAAUUUCGUAAUAAACCAAAAAACAGGUUUAAUAACCGUUUCAAACGACGCAAAUCUUGACCGUGAUGUUAAUGCAGAUAAAUAUGAAAUAAUUGUUUCCGCGGUCGACAGUGGCAUGCCUAUUCCAGAAACUGCCACCACGACUGUUUUUGUUACAAUACAAGAUGUCAAUGAUAAACCACCUAAGUUUAAUAUGACAGAAACUACAACAUAUAUCUCAGAGAAAACAAAAACUGGCCAUUUGGUCACUAAAAUUGUAGCACACGAUACUGAUGCCAAUUCUAAACUUGUGUUUAACUUGAUUGAUCCAAUAAAAGCAUUUUCAAAAGCUGGAGUGCAGUUAAAAUCAAAUUCGGCUUAUGAUUACAAACAUAUAUUCAGAAUUGAUGAAAACACAGGUGAAAUUUUUGUAAAUGGUACUUUGGACUAUAGUCAAGCAUCAAUAAUCAUUUUAACUAUUAAAGUGGUAGACGUUAAUGCGGAAUUAAAUAAGGAAAAACAGUUUGCAAUGACUGAACAUACUAUAUAUGUUCAACCAUAUGCCGACAAAAAUCCGCAGUUUAUAAAUAUGGGUUGGUCAAGUUCAAAUCCAAUUAUACAUCACAAGGUUAAAGAGGAACAACCAAUAGGUAGUACUGUAUUAGUUCUAAUGGCAGAAGAUCCAAUGUCAGGACACGUAGUAUCUAAUUUCAAAGUAAUAAAUUCAGAAACAGAUUUGUUGCAAGUAGAUCCUUCAAGCGGUCAAGUGUUACUAACAAAUCACCUGGAUUAUGAACGCUUGACGGGACCUAAUUUAACUUUAACAGUGAAAGCAACUAGCAAUGACGGUACUAAACACAGUGAGGCAAAAAUUAUUAUUGAGGUUUUAAAUCUAAAUGAUAAUGAACCAACUUUUGAUAAAGAGACAUACAAAGUUAGUGUUUUGGAAUCUAUACAAUAUCCCGAAGUGAUAGUUACUGUAAAAGCAAUGGAUAAGGAUGCCGUUUUAACAGACGAUGAUAAAUUGAAAGGAUUUUCAGAAGUACGCUAUUUAUUAAGAGGAGAAAAUUCUGAUCUUUUUACUAUCGACAACGUGACUGGUAUUAUACAGGUAAGACAAAACAAAAGUUUGGAUCGUGAACGUCAAUCAGUUCUGCGCUUAGAGGUUGAAGCUUACGAUACACCAAAGGGUGGUGCAGAUAGGUUAAAAUCUUCUGCUAUCAUAUUAGUGGAUGUCUUAGAUGUUGAUGAUAACACACCCACUUUUGAGAAAAACGUAUACACAGCCGUAGUACCAGAAAAUGUGCCUAUUGGGAUUAGUGUAACUAAAGUUACCGCUACAGAUCCUGAUGAAGGAUUAGGUGGUGAAAUUAAAUAUGAACUUUUAGAUGAAGGAGAGGCAGCUGGUCUUUUUAAUAUAGAUUCAAAAACAGGUGUAAUAACGACUAGCAAGGAUCUAACUGGUAGAGGUCGGACAGAUCCUUACCGGAUUCUAAUUGGUGCUACAGAUGGUGGAGGCCAUAUUGGAGACACAUCCUUAUCUCUUUAUAUUGGAGAUGUUAGUGCUAACGAUGGUGUGCCGAGAUUUAUUAGACCAGCUAUGGGUGAAGUUCUUAGUAUUAGCGAGAAUGCAACUAUAGGAUCACCAGUAUUUCAAGUAGUAGCCAGCGAUCCUGAUGAUCCUACUCAACCAUCUGGACAAUUAUAUUAUUCAAUACAACAAAGUAACAUGGAUGCCAAAACAUUCUCUAUUGAUGCUCAUUCAGGUUUAAUAAUGACCCGUCAAUCUUUAGACCGAGAACGUAAAGCAUCUUACACUUUAGUGCUUUUGGUGACAGAUAGAGGUCAACCUCCACAGCAAAGCACAAGAAUUGUAACUGUUACCAUUACUGACGUCGAUGAUCAUAAGCCUCAUUUUGCAAGGAACUUGGAUGAUCCACCCCUUCUUAUGACUAUUAUGGAAGAAGUCCCAGUUGGUACUGUUAUUGGUACUUUACAAGCCAUUGAUGAAGAUAUUGGUGAUAAUGCUGCUAUAGAUUAUGCUAUAACAGCUGGGAAUAAUUUUGGAUUACUUAGCCUUGAACGUCAGAAUGAUAGCAAAGCCUUGUUGAAAGUAGCUGCUAGAAUAGAUAGAGAAGAAAUUUCCAGACAAAUCAUCACCGUUAAAUGCUUCAAGUAUGGCUCACAACCACGAUUGAGUAAAACUUACAAUAGAUUAAAUCCUUCUGAAAUUCAAGUUUUAAUCAAAGUGUUGGACGUCGAUGAUCACUUACCAGAAUUUGAAAGUGCGAAUAUGACUGUCGGUGUGAGAUUAAACGUGCCAAUAGAUACCAAUAUCGCAACCGUGAAGGCUAUUGACAAAGACCCAGAAGCCUUACCAAUACUGUAUACAAUUGUCAACAUGAGUUUUGAGUCACCAAUUAAAUCAAAAUCUUUAAGUAACGUCACUGAUACCAUAGAGUUGAAUAACGCUACUGGAGAACUGAAAAUAAUGAAAAACUUGAUUCAUUAUGCUGAUGGAAUAUUCAGGCUUCGUGUGAGAGCCAACAAUUCAUUUAAUGUGGAAAGAUUUAGUGAUCUUUUAGUUGAGGUCGUUGUAGUUCGUGAAAGAGACCUGCUGCGUCUAGUUUUGCCAGGAGGAACAAGGGCGAGAUACAGUCAACUUAGAGACAGAAUGUCUUCUGCGCUAGCACCACGAGGUCUUCGUAUGCAGCUGCAUGAUGCCUCCCAUACUGCUUUCUAUUUGAAUCCCGGGCCAUGCUUCCAAUUUCGAAAAACAGAGACAGGAGAGGCCCUCACACCGAAGGCGAUGAAAGCUACAAUACGUUCCCUGGGAACGGAAUUCCAGGAAAUAUUGGAGGCAUACAACGUUCACAAUAUAACUAGUUGUGGACCCUCGGUAACGAAGCAUUCGCCAGCGCAGCAUGCUCUCCUUGCGUUAGCAGGCAUACUACCAUUAGCAGCUUUCAUAGCAAUACUGGCUCUAUGCUGCAUGCACUCUAGUGCUAAGAAACGUGCGCGGUCAGCAUUGUUGAUAGCGAGGGAACCGCCUCCAAUGGCUGCCAGCAACAUUUCUUCGCCAACCCGACUAUACUCAGAACCUCUAUAUACAACGUGAAACUUACGUUAAAAAAAGCGCUAAAGAGUGAAUUUGAAUUAUGAAAACUAACUUAUUUUCACAACAUUAUGUUAAAAAGGAUAUUUGACAGUAUGAAUAAUAAAGCACCAAUAAUUAGCAUGUGCAUUCAACACGAAAAUUGGGAGCGCUUUCAUGCAUUCAUUAAAAAAGUAGGUCAUGAUAUUACUAAUAUAUGAAAUAGAAAAGAUUUUUUUAAUAAAAACGCCUAGGAUUGGUGGUGCCUAAAAACGACAUCUGCGUGUUAACAUGCUGUUGAAGCGACAUCACUUUGUACUGACGUUCUAAUGAGAGCCGUGUGACGUCACCCAGCUGUAAGACGCAGAGAUAUAUUUUUUUGAGAAACGUUUCCGUGGCAUAUUUGAAAACAUUUUUUUUCUGUUAUACGCAACAGAGUUAUUAAUAUCCACUUUUUAUGCAGUCGCUAUAAUUAUGUAAACUCAUAAAUAACGUAUGAACAUUUUCAAAAACUUGCCAAAUAGCUUAUUGUAUUCGAACUAAAAUUUCUUAUCGUGAGCACUGCAUGCAUAAUUGUGGUUGCAAGCAAACCGCACUAGAAAAUAAUCAAUUUUAGAAUAACAAUUAUUAUUGAUAUUUUAGGACUAAAUAACUUACCUUAAACGUAUGAAUAAAAUGGAAAUUUAGUUUGCAUCAUAAUAGGUAUCCCACGUCACAACAAUCUUCAAAAACAGUGUUUUGAGAUAUCGCGUUUUGAAGUUUUAAAAAAUCAUUGAAGUGGAACUACUUGUUCAUAGGUUUAAAGUGAUACCUUGAUUUAAACGUACACUAUCUUUCUUUGUGUUGAGUAAGUUUAGUUAGUGUAUCAAUAGUAGUUUUUAUUUUAACAGUACUUUUAUGUGACUGGGUAAAAAGAAUACCCUAUAAGCAGUUCAAAUGGAUCAAAUGGCUCAUGUUAAAAUUACAACUAGUAAGUAUCAUUUUAAUAUAAUUUCGCUAAAAAUAACAUAUCAAAUAAAAUUGAACAGGCCCGAGGGUAAUUUUUGAAAUAAAACUACAAACUUGUAUUAAUCUGAACGGGCAAUAGGGUAUUAGCUUAACUUAAUACUGUUUAGAAUACUCACAAUCAUAAAGUUUGCCUAGAAAUUGACGACAUGUGUUGCUAUAAUUCAAAAACUAUUUCGAAUUAAAAUACAAUUAUCUUACCAGUUUAUAGAAAAAAUGUUGUUUUUGAAACGCAAAUAAAAAAAUAAAUAGUUUCGCCGACUUAAUACCCUAUUGUUUGUGACGUGCGAAAUGUACUUGGACAACAAUGGAGUUAAAAGGUGAUUUAAGGUAGCGGCACCAAUGAACGACAAGUACCAAUGAUCGUAUUUUUUUCUGUGAUCAAUGAAAAUAAGAGUAACCUACCUACUUGACGACCUCGUUGGCCGUAUGUACGCCGGGUUUCAAGGUGUCACCUCUUCGAGAGGUCCCGGGUUCGAAUCCCGGUGGGGGCAGAUGUUUAUGUGACGAAUACGAGCAUUUUUACUCCAAUCAUGGAUGUUUAAUAUGUAUUUCUAUAUUAAUAUACUUAUAAAUGUUUUAGUAAUGUAUUCUAUCCGUUACGUAAGUAUCCCAUAACACAAGCCUACAAUGCUUAUUUUGAGGCUAAGCUAAUUAGUGUGAGUGUUAGUAAUAUUCAUAUUUAUUUAUUUACCACAAAAUAUUGUAACACCGAGCGUAUUAUAGCUCGUUGUGGAGCAGGUAACCAAUCACAAAAUAUGGUUACACUAUAUCUAUAUCUCGUUGUUACCAUAUUUAGUAUUCGGUUACGUACUCUAUAUGUUCAUUGAUCACAGAAAAAAAAUACGAUCAUUUGUUCUUGUCGGGCAUUGGUGCCUCUACCUUUUGAUUAUGAAUAUGAUAUAUGACGAUGGACUAUCACGUAUUUAUUCAUAGAUUUUAAGAAUUCCUGUAAAUGAUCAAUUUGUGCGGGACAAAUGAAUCAAUUCAUAUAUAAAUAGCGGGAGCGGCGCACAUCCUUAGUAUAACAAACUAUGGACACAGAAACUUGCCCAGAAGACGCAUUUGUAUGCAAAAUUUUCACUGCGCAGAUUUUGUUGUCUACAGUUUAAGCUCAAGCCUCCUUAUUAAUAAACGAAGAGUAUGUUUGGAUUAGUUACUCCAUAUUUUGUCCCUGUCUAUCAGGCGCGGUCGCAGCCUGAAAUUUUGGAGGGGGUCACUCACUACACUAAUAAAAAGAAGAAAAAAGGCAUCUGGAAUAAAAUAAACAUUAUUGCGACGAACGAUGCAUGUCGAUUUUGCUAGAAUUACCAAAACUACGUAGUUCAGUUCCUUGUUUCUAAACUAGUAGUACUAGAUGUAAUUUCCAAGUUAUUUUGGCCAUCGUACGUAGUUCAUAAAAACACUACUAGAUGUCAGUAAACUAUAAAUUUAUCUGUUAGGGAAUAGCUCGAUAUUUCCUUUUAUUAUUUGGCAAAUUUUUGAGAUUUUUCAAUUUGACCUAAGAUUGGGG